AUGGCGAGCUCGUCAAGCGUUGCGCCUGAAGCCGAAAUGCUACCCAGCUCCUUCCAAGAAUCUGCAUUUCCUGUGGGAAGGACCGGUCUCUCAGCCUCAGCCGGAAAGAUUCUUGGCCGAGGCCCAGUCCGAGAUCUCCCAAGCUCAGUAAAGGGCGCGUCAGAAGAUGAGAUUGAGACUGCUUCAGAUUCAGAGGUCCCAGUCGAAAUUGACCUCACAUCUUCAUCCAAAAAUACAUCUCCAGCGGAAAGCACGCCUCCGACCGAACUCACAUCUUCAGCCGGAAACUCAUCUCCAGUCAGCAGCACCCUUUCAGCCAAAAACACUCCUCCCAGUACGCCUCCCACCAAGAUCAAGAUCAAGCUCAAGGGAACGCCCCCGGCCCAAACACAGCCAAGCACCAAGCCGUCGCCCGGAAAGCUCCCCCUGCAGAUCUCGCCACAAUCAUCAACAGGAGACGAUAGACCUCGCACCUCGAGCGACGAGCACGUCCGCGCUCUCUCCACGCGCGUCGACAUGGGCCAGGAUCUCACCUACAGCACCACAGUCAACUUCAUCGGCUGGCAGCAUAGAGUCGAAGGCCAGAUCAAGGAUCUGAAAGACCAAGCCAACAAGACCGAGCGUAAGAGCAAGACGCGUCUGGACAAGCUCGAAGGUGAGCAGGAGAAGCUCGAAGAAGUCCAAGACGUGCGAGAGUCCCGCAGCUCCAGGAUUGAGCGCCGUGUCGCAACCGUCGAGGAGCUUCUGGGGAUCCAGAGACCUCGCACGCCUGGUCUGUACCCGCCUGGCGAUCCGGCGUACUUUGGCGGACCGGAGAGCCCGAGCCGUUUACCUGGAGCCUGGGGACCCAGGAGCAGUCGCAGUUCCCGGACGGGUUCGCAGGUCCCUCUUCCCAGCAUUGAGACAAGCAAUGUAAUCAAGAGUAUCGCACCGCCCACAGGUGGCCGCUCUGCCAUACUUGGGCCUCGUGAUCCGGCAUAUCUGUCUCCUUCCAAAGUUUCUAGGAAGAGGAAGUAUGCGGAUAUGGAGUCUGAUGACGACGGUUAUGAGAAGAGGGGAGCAAAACAGGCGAAGAAGGCAGAGACACAGACGAUUGAGAAGAAGCCGGCGAAGAAAGCGCCAGCUAAGAAGCAGAGGCAUGAGGAUAAAGAUGACGUGGAGGCGAAGAAGGCGAUUAAAAGUGCCGAGACCACGCACAAGACUAUGACUACACCACAGAAGCCCCAGAAGCGUAAAGCAGAUGAGGAGCCCGAGGAGCCCGAGGAGAAUGGCGAAGAGGCGAGAAAGCAGAACCGGGAAGAAGAAGACUCCCAGCCUCGCAGGAGAUCCAUCAAGAAGGUCAAGACGGCCAAGAAGUCUUCAGCCGCGCCGAAGAAACCCAUAGCGACUGCCGAGAAGCACGAGGUCGCGGCAGUGAAGCAGAGCAAGAUCACCGACACCUACCAUAGCUCCCAACACGACACCGGAAACAAGGACGGCAUUCAGGAAGAGCAAGCGGGUCUGAAGAGCGAGACGGGCGCAAUGGCGACGCCUAUCAAAUCUGCACCGAAGCCGGAGCCCCAGCCUAGUACCAAGCCGGCGCCGGCGGGGACGAGAACCGGCCUUCGCAGUCAGAGGAAGUAG